AGGGACUCUAGGCUACACAGGACGUACAGGACGCCUGUCAAGCGGCUGUUACGAGACUUGAAAGAAGCGUGUGCCUGUAAGACGUAGUGCUGUUGACUGAAGUGUGCGUGUGAGGUGGUGCGGACUAACACAGCUCAUCCACGUGGCCGGGAUAGUAACUGUACCGACAGGACCGCAGCAGCCAUCCUGACCUACAGGCCCUUUUGGACCACGUUUCGCGCCGUUCCACGAAGCAAGCCGUCACUAGGGCACCGACCCCGACCUUGAUCGACGCGAUCCAACGCCGCUGCCAUCUCCCAAGUAACGCUAUCUUCACCCCACCCACCCUACAAGUUUGCUCAUUAGUUUGGCCAACAGGUUGAAGGCGCUGUCUUGACGACAACAGAAGCCCCACGACUCCUCACCGCAUUCUCUAGGCAACCGUCCUCGGGUGCAGAACCGUCCCUCCCCGCAGGUUUUCAAUCGUACACGCUUCGAUGACAAGUGCAGACAUGGGGGAAAUUCAAGGCGAUAUCUCGGACUUGGCACAGCUGAAGGCCAUGACUACAAAGCUGAAUUUGAUGACGCGCCGGCCGUCGUACGUCGAGUGGCGAAAGCAGCUGGAGAGACCUCGGCCCAGACUCGGCAGGCUGCCCGAGGGACCGGGAGAGAGCCGAGGGGAUGAGGAGAGGAGAGAGGACAUCGACCGGGCCCUGAACUGGCUACGACGAGAACUGAUCGACAUGCGGUCUCAGGACCAGGCCCUGGCGCGCCAGCUGAUGAGCCUGCGGAAGGAAAUCCACCGACUCAAGUUACAGAAGAGCUGCAACGAACAUCAGGAGAUGCUCGAAGAAGUACAUGAAAUGCUCGAAGACCAGGACGAACUGUCAGAGUUGUCAUGUGACAUGCCACUCAACGGUUACCAUAGAAACCUGGGCACGCCCCUCCGCCAAUUCGGAGUCACUAAGAUGAACAUUCACUCCAGAAGAUUUUCCUUGUGUUGAUU